UACUAAAAGAGCAAUGUAUGUAGAAAAUCUAGGACAACGCAAGGAAUAAUAAGUUCAUGACUUAUAUGUGUGCAAUUGAGUCUAGAAAAAUCUCCAGGUUCGUGUCAGAUUUGUGUUGGCCUCUUUAGGUUCCGGUUGUACUUAAUUUAGGCACAUCAAGUUAUGUAAACCUGUUUAAUAAUAAGAAAUCAGUUUUUGUUUAAGUUCAACUUGGCAAUUUGUCCAAUUUUUAUCGAAAGAAUAGAGAAAAAAAGGACGCGGCUUUGUGAAUAAGAUGGAACGUCACGUAAAUCUUUGUGUUUUUUUCUUGGCUACGAUGAGCACUUUAGUCAAGACUCUACCUAGAAUCGUGGAUCUGAGCUAUAAGCAAAACGGAGACACCAUCAGUUGGCCCGGAAGCCCGUCUUAUAACCUUACGCAACUGUUCCGGGGAUAUUCUAAAACUUAUAAAAUAUGGUUUGAAUUCAAUCAUUUCGCGAUGCCGGAACACAUGGGUACUCACGUAGACGCACCCGCUCAUUCAGCGCAAGGAGGGUGGAAAGCUGAUCAAAUCCCCAUGGAAAAUUUGUACGGAGCAGGGGUCAUUAUAAAUGUCAAGUCCAAGGCCGCAACCAAUCCAGAUUACAGGGUCACUGUUGAUGACUUAUUGGUGUGGGAAGAGAAAUACGGGAAAAUGCCACGACGUGCUGUCGCCAUAAUGAAUUCAGGUUGGUCGAGUAAGUAUCCAAACAAAACCCUCGUGUUUGGGACCCCCCAGCCCUCCAAUGUUUCUUCAUUUCACUUCCCAGGCUGGCACGAGGAUGCAGUUACGUGGAUGAUAAACAAGCGCCAAAUCAACGCUGUCGGUGUGGAUACGCCCUCCACAGACUACGGACAGACCACAAACAUGCCAUGUCACGCGAUUCUUGGACAAAAAAAUAUUGUUGGAAUUGAAAACGUGGCAAAUCUGGAUAACAUUCCGGAAAACGGAAGUACGAUUUAUAUUCCGGUCCUGAACCUUUUUGGCGGAAGCGGAGGACCUGCUCGCGUUUUUGCUACUUUUGAUGACGAUCUUAGCAAAACAAACCCCGCUGCCAUGGUUACUAGCUCCAUUAUUUAUGUACACUUAUUUGCAGGCGUUUUUAUGUGUACAGUUGUAAUUUAGUGGUACAUUUUUUUGGAAAUAGAAAACCUGAUAUUAUACACUGUACGUUUUACAACUGUCUUUAAUGCCGCUUUGUUGGUAUUUUUUAUAUACCAUUUAACAUAACUGCUAUCUUUUUCCUUUAGUAUGGUGUUACUAUGGUGGCAUAGAUCUGCCAUCACUUGUCAGAUAAUUAUGUUAACUUCUCAUAUGAUAAUGUCGACUUGUCGGAUAUUUAUGUAAACUUGUCAGAUCUUUAUGUUGACUUAUCAGAAAAUAACCAUAGUGACUAGAAACUCAAUAUUCUGUUGUCAAAUUGGGUGAGUGUCACUAACUGCCAUUUACUUGUCAUCAUGAUAUCAUAUAAGUCGACAUAAAUAUCUGACAAGUUAACCAAUUUCAUCUGACAAGUCGACAUAAAGAUCGAACAAGUUAACAUAAUUAUCUGUCAAGUCGACAUAAAGAUCUGACAAGUAAACAUAAUUAUCUGACAGUAAAAAUGAUAUGGCAACUAGUUUAAAGAAAAUUAUCAUUCAUAUUGUAAGUCUUGUCAGAUAAUGAUAUUGUCUUGUCAGAUGUUAUGUCCUCCUGUCAAAUAAUUAUUACGACUUGUCAGAUCUUGAUGUCGACUUGUCAAAUAAUUAUAUCGACUUAAAAGAUGAUUAUGUCGACUUGUCAGAUCCUUAUGUCGACUUGUCGAAAAAUAUUAUUUCAAAUGGAUGGCACAAAUUGGGCGUGGAAAGGUUAAAGUGUAGAAUUCUUAAACAUGUGAAUAAGUGACAAGUCGACUUAAAGAACUGACAAAUGAACAUAAUUAUCUGACAAGUAGACAUCAAGAUCUGACAAGUCGACAUAAUUAUCUGACAAGUGGUGGCAGAUCUAUGCCACCAUACGUAUCAUUCAGAAUUGGGGUAUUACUGAAAGUACUCGAAUACUCUUUUAAGUAACAUAAUUUAAAAUCAAAAUUACUGAUAUUUUAGGUUUACAAUAAUCCAAGAGACAAGCGAUAAGCGCUGCUAUUAUUGUGACGACAUGAAAAAAUUCAUGCAGAAAUGAGCGUUCUUGCUAUUCUGCAGGUUCAUAUAAGGAAACAUAUUUGCAGAUGUAAAGUAUACUUUAUAUUUAUAUAACCUGCCUCCUCCCACCUGUACCCAUAUCCAUUGUAAAAAACUGUUAAAUUUAUGCUAAGACAAUGCAUGUAAUAUAUACGCCAAUAAACUACUACAACUACUUUUUAUUCCUUGUGAUGUUGCUUGCUGUUUGGUUCAUUCAUUUAAGAAAAACUUCGCUUUCAUGUACACAUUACUUCAUAAUUAUGUAUUUAUACGAUUGUACGAUUUAUAAAUGUUGUUAUACAAUGUAUCUAGGUUUUGUUUCUUAUGCAUAAUUGGAGCAUUUUUCUAAAUUGCGUUGUUGAUAAUUUAAUUUUAUAAAAAUAAAAACAGCUGUAUAAAUCAAAAAUGAAAUAUCUUUAUAAAAAACUUAUACAAUAUUUCCAUUCAUAGUAUAUGAGAAACUAUUUUUUAUAGAAAACACCAAAUACUAGUAAUAGAUGUAAAUGGUCUGAUAUUGACCGUUAUCAUGGAUAGUGUAGGUUAAGCAGCAAUUGGGUGUUCAUGUCAGCAUUGUAUCUCACAGUCAGUGGAUAAGAUAUUGGCAUUUAGAAUCAAAUAUCUGUAGCUGUAUAUUACUGUGGAAUCAUUAAAUUUCGUGGGGGCCAAUUUUCGUGGAUGGCUUA